AUGAGGCAUUUGGACAAGUCCAUCCUCAUCGUGAUUCACUCGCGUGACGCUGUGCUUCAACAACAAGAAUAUAAGAAAGGGCGCGCGGUACUGACCAGACCGAGGGUAACGCCCUACCAACUAACCCUCGAGUCCGAACGCCUCCGUGGCGUUGAUCUGCCAGCGUCCAAGCAUCUGCGGAAGCUGAAGGUGGCGGUGCGACGAGAGUUUGGUGAGGAGGGCGCAGUCAACUUGCGUAUCUACCACCACAACUCGAUCCACUACUACGGACACUUGCUUGAAGGGGACAGGCUCAAGGUCCUUGAUGAGAACGCGGCCAACGAGGACAUCAACUCGGCCACGGGGAUGAUACGUGCACGCGGCGAUGCUGUGGCCUUUCAAGUUCCUCAAGCGCACCACAAGAUCGCGUACAGCUUCAUCGACAACGACAGAACCGUACGAAUCCUCGGUCCACAAGAGAUGAGGGGCCAGCACAUUGUCAUGGGCUUCAUUUGGCGGCUGCUGCGCAUCGAGGGUAACAAGUACACCUCGUGGGCUGAACUUGAGGUCGUCAGGCCUUCACGCAGCAAGUGCUACAACGUGGGCCUUGCAUCUACGCAGAUCUUCCUAAUGCCACACCCAACGAAGGCAGCGACACACGUCAUCUUUAACCACCGCUUCGAGUGGGUAAUCACGGACCUGUGGCCCGGCGAGAUCCGUCAGGAACAAGACGACCACGGCGAGGAGGAGGGCAGCGACCACGGCGAGGAGGAGGGCAGCGACCACGGCGAAGACUAG